CAGCAGCCGGGCCCGAGCGCCCCGGAGGGUUCGCCGUUCGCCGCCAUUAUUAUAAUAGCCACCAUGCCUCUCUUCGCCUCCAACCCCUUCGAGCAGGAUGUGGAAAAAGCCACAAAUGAGUACAACACAGCUGAAGACUGGGGAGUUAUUAUGGAUAUAUGUGACAAAGUUGGAAGUACUCCUAAUGGAGCAAAAGAUUGCCUCAAAGCCAUUUUGAAGAGAGUAAAUCACAAGGUACCCCAUGUUGCUCUGCAGGCACUAACUCUAUUGGGAGCCUGUGUUUCAAACUGUGGAAAGAUUUUUCACUUAGAAAUCUGCUCUCGCGACUUUGCCAGUGAAGUACGAGUUAUUAUAAACAAGGGUCAUCCUAAAGUAUGUGAAAAGUUAAAAGCUUUAAUGGUUGAAUGGUCAGAAGAAUUUCAGAAAGACCCACAGUUCAGUCUAAUAUCAGCAACUAUUAAAUCUCUUAAGGAAGAAGGGGUUACAUUUCCUACCUCUGCAUCACAGAGUCCCUCAGCUGUUGCCAAGAAUGGUGCAUCAUCAAGCAAAAACAAAGAGGAUGAAGAUAUAGCUAAAGCUAUUGAAUUAUCUUUGCAAGAGCAAAAACAACAAACAGAAACAAAACCUUUAUACCCACCUGUAGAAGUUCACUCAAGCAAUCAGAAAAUUUCAAGAAAGGUGCGCGCCUUAUAUGACUUUGAAGCUGUCGAGGACAAUGAACUCACCUUUAAAAGUGGAGAUACAAUUGUUGUUCUGGACGACAGUGAUGCCAAUUGGUGGAAAGGAGAAAAUCACAGAGGAAUAGGAUUGUUUCCAUCUAAUUUUGUGACCUCUAACUUAAACGAUGAGCCUGAGUCAGCUGCAACUGUGGAGAAAAGUUCUUCUGCUGAAGACACAACAGAGGAAGUUACAAAAGCUGAGCCGGAGCCCGUUUACAUAGAUGAGAGUAAGAUGGAUAAGGCAUUACAGUUACUCCAGAGCAUAGAUCCAUCGGACCCUAAACCUGAUUCUCCUGAUCUCCUGGAUUUAGAAGAUAUCUGCCAACAGAUGAGUCCCAUGAUAGAUGAAAAACUAGAAGAAAUUGAUAGGAAACACUCGGAAUUGUCUGAACUAAAUGUUAAAGCCUUGGAAGCUUUGGAGCUCUACAACAAACUGAUGAAUGAAGCGCCUAUGUAUUCCUCAUACUCAAAGAUGCAUUCAUCUGCACCCUAUCCACCCACGUCCGCUGGUGUUCCAGUGCAGUCCUAUCCCAUGCACCCUCACAGUGGGAACUAUGUGGUUCAUGGUGUUCCUCAAGGCUACAAUCCAGGAAGUGAUCAGAUUGGUCCACUGAGGUCCUUGCCGCCAACUAUAAAUUCUUCAGUAACUUCUCAGCCUGGUCAGGCAGCUUAUUUAAGCACCGGUCUAGAAUCUACUGCUGCUUACAUGAACCAGAAUUCUUGCCUUCCGCCUCCUAAUACAGUCCCUUAUGCCCAACAAAUGGGUAUGCCUAUGGAUAUGUUCACAUACCAGAACAAUGCCUCCAGUUUGCCUCAAGGAACAUGCUAUCCAGCAGUUCCAGCUCAUUCCCUUACACAGCAGCGAACAAAUUACCAUCAACAGCCUCUCCUGUGAAAAUGCAGUCUGUUCCUGAAAACAGUUUUGGAUGUUGCUGACCCUUGUCAUUUAAAUUGUCCCUCCAUUGAUUUAAAAGGAUGCUUCUGCUCAAGGGAAAAGACAGCCAAGCAAUUUCAAAGUUAAAAAAGUUAAUUCAAGUUUAAAACUCUUUUUUUCUUCUUGCAAAGCUGUUUAAAUAAGGGGAGCUGCUAAUGUGUUAAAAGGCCUUCAGCACCCUGCCUUGCAUAGUGGUCUAUCAGCUCUACUCCCUAUUUAUAAUGAAGCCUCUCUAGAGUAACUUUUCCUUGUGCUACGUUUCAUAAGAAAAAGCUUGAAAGCAAGUUUAUAUGUGCAUCUCUUCCUGUUCAUUCUUUCCAGAGUUUAUUAAUGACAUGGUUUUUAUGGAACCUUUAAGUCUGAAGUGGUAUCUUGAAACCCAAUUAGUUUAGCUAAUUUGCUUUUCAGUUUGCACCCCUGCUAGAACAUCUUAACAGAUUGCAUUUUAUGAUUGUACAAUAAAGCAGUUGUAAAUUUGGGAGAAGAAAAUUUUGAA